CACCUCCUCCAGAUCUCCGGGUACAAUUGCAUCCAAUUGAUCACAAUGGCUGCCACCAUCCGUCCUAUCACCGGCAUGCUCCGCCGCACUCUGGUCCUCGACCUGAGCACCGCCUUCGGCUUCGGCACCACCUUCGGCUACCUCUGGUGGUACGGCUACCACCUUCCCCGCGUCCGCGCCCGUGACAACUACUACACCCGCCUGGAGGCCGAGCGCGCCGCCCAGCAGGCCUAGAUC